GGCCAGCGGCUGAAAAUUUUUUCGAGCAUUUCCAGAGAGGAGUUUGUGGCCUCCCUAAUUGUUAGCUCUGGAGAUUCGCAUCAACAAGAGAAGUCAGCCUUAUUUAUCAUCCAAGAAAACCUUCUCUUUACUUCCAUUAGCUAGUUAAGAAAUUUACAGACACAACCAUCACAAGGUGCAUCAAUUUUCUUCAAGGAAUUCUGCUAUUGCUCUGUUUUUCCCUGUGACUGAGGCCUUUGGCAUUGCAGUAUGCUAUCGGCGGCCUUAAUUACUUUGGCCAGAAGUGGCGGGAACCAGGUGAAGAAGAGAGUGUUGCUAAGCUCCGUCUUCCUGCAGGACAGCAGGCAGGUGACUCCUGCCUGUUACAGCUCCACCACCGAGCCCAGGUGUUCCCGAUUUGACCCCGAUGGAAGCGGGCAGCCAGCCACUUGGGACAACUUUGGGAUCUGGGAUAACCGCAUCGAUGAGCCAAUUCUGCUGCCACCUAGCAUCAAGUAUGGCAAGCCAAUCCCCAAAAUUAGCCUGGAGAACGUGGGCAGUGCCUCCCUCAUUGGCAAACGGAAAGAAAAUGAAGAUCGGUUUGGGUUCGCACAGCUGACAGAGGAGGUGCUGUACUUUGCAGUAUACGACGGGCACGGGGGACCGGCAGCUGCUGACUUCUGUCACACGCACAUGGAAAAAUGUGUGAUGGAUCUGCUUCCUCGGGAGAAAGACUUGGAAACAGUCCUGACCAUGGCCUUUCUAGAAAUUGAUAAAGCCUUUUCCAGUUAUGCCCACCUGUCUGCUGAUGCAAGCCUCCUGACUUCUGGGACUACUGCCACGGUAGCCUUGUUGCGAGAUGGUAUUGAACUGGUGGUAGCCAGUGUUGGAGACAGCCGGGCUCUUUUGUGUAGAAAAGGAAAACCCAUGAAGCUGACCACUGACCAUACCCCAGAAAGAAAGGAUGAGAAAGAAAGGAUCAAGAAAUGUGGUGGGUUUGUGUCUUGGAAUAGCUUGGGACAGCCCCAUGUAAACGGCAGACUCGCAAUGACGAGGAGUAUUGGAGAUUUGGAUCUUAAACCCAGUGGCGUAAUUGCAGAGCCCGAGACAACCAGGAUUAAGCUCUACCAUGCGGAGGACAGCUUCCUGGUCCUCACCACAGAUGGGAUUAACUUCAUGGUGAAUAGUCAAGAGAUCUGUGACUUUGUCAACCAGUGCCAUGAUCCUAAUGAAGCAGCCCACGCGGUGACUGAACAGGCUCUACAGUAUGGCACCGAAGACAACAGCACUGCAGUCGUGGUGCCCUUUGGUGCCUGGGGAAAAUACAAGAACUCUGAGAUAAACUUCUCAUUCAGCAGAAGCUUUGCCUCCAGCGGGCGAUGGGCCUGAUCGCCAGCCUGGGCUCAGGGUUCCUCUGCUGCACGUGUCAGCAGGCAUAGCAAGAAACUGGUAAUACCCAGAAGGCCACCUGUCCCUGUGUGUCCCUGUGAACUGAUAGAUCCCAAUGCAGUAUAAGCUUACCAGCCAUAGGCACGGUAGUGUUUUCAUAAAUCCUUAUCACUAUGUGCAACUGUACAUGCUCAGCGUAAGCACCAUGACAAAGCUGUGAAGCCAUUGUGAGUCUCCGCACUGAGUGGGAGAGGAAGUGGUUUGGUACACUUGAUGAAUGGUAAAUCUAUAUGCUUUGUUUUGUGAUGCUAGAGAGUGAGUCGGGGGCUUUCAGAUCUUUAAGAUUACCAAGCAGAUCCGGUUUCUUUUUAAUGAGUUCGUUCUUUAUUCAGUUGGACAGGUUUUUCUGAAUUUUGACAGCUAGUCAGUGCAUUAUCUUCAAUGUUUCUCUUCUCUUUCUCUCUGUUUAAAACAGUUUUCCCGGGUUGGCCCUGCACUCCUUCUUUCAAACAGUCUUCCUACUUCAGUUUGCUGGGUACCUGGGACUCCAGGAUGCUCCAACUUACAAGUGUCUUUUUUUGUUUGUUUAUUUUCAUUUGUAAUGUUUUAGAGACAAACAAGCAUAGAUUUACUAAAGAAAAGUACUCCCAGGAGAUGCAGAAAUUCUAAGGGAGGAAUACCCACAAGUGUUAUUUUUUUAAUAAAUGUUCCAAGGAGUCAAAAUGAAAAGCUUUUCUGUUACUGUAUCUUGUACUCUGAACCAUUUAUUAGUAAGCUUAACCCUGCGAGCUUCUUCAGACAAAAGACAGGACUGAAGUGUAUCCAGAUUUGUAAAUAGCUCUCUUGUGUAUUUGAACUCUUUUUAGCCCCUUCCCCAUCCAUUCCCAUUUUUCUGCAGUUAAAUGUGCUAUAUUGCUCCAACUGUUCCUUAAUGUCCCAAGGAGAAUGUACACACUCCUUGAUCAAAACAUGUACAGGGAAACACGGACAGUGUUUCUGUUUCUUGAUGGUGUAUGUAAGUUUGUUGUUGUGUGUUUUGUAAACGGUAUGUUUGUAUCAUUUUUUCCGCACAAAGUAAGCUAGUUGGGUCAUUUGUUAGUAAAGAUAAUGUUGCAAUGACUCACACUGCUGUAGACAUAGCUUGAAGUUUAUGUCUCCAUUUUCCUCAUUUCUGAGAUUUAUGAGGAAGAAUAAAUCUUUCAGAAAGUGUAUUCAAACAUGUCAAUUUGCUAGGUAAAUUAGGAAUGUAAACCUAAACUCCUUUUUACCUGCAUAUAAAUUUGCUGUUAACUGUGAAUCCCUAAAUGUGUGUUUGGAAUUAAUCUAUAGUUUAUUUUCACAAACUGUGUAAAUUUGGUAUAUGUGUGGUGCGUGUGUAAAUAUUUUGAAGCGAUAUAACAUUAAAGAGAGCAGACUUAUGGAGCCUUUAUGAGUUAGCUUUAAAUUAUUGAUAUAUUUAUCCCGAAGGACACUCAGCAGAUUGAGUGGUUUUCUGUAGUAAACAAUCAGUGGUUAUUAUUAGAUAACCACUUGGGUUAAAAUAUAUAUGGGGGCCAGAUGUGGUGGCCUACACCUAUAAUCUCAGGACUUGAGGGGAGGAGGUAAGAGAAGCAGGAUGGUGACUUUGAGAUCAGCCUGGGGCUGCAUAGCAAGUUCCAAGGAAGCCUGAGCCACAGCUUGUCUCCCAAACCAAAAUAUCAACAACAAAUGGCUAUAAGAUACAUUGUAUUAUGCAUAACUGAUGUGGAUAACCAAAGAACAGAAGCAGCCAUAUUGUGUGGUAAUUUGAAUAUAAAAUUAUGGGAUAUGAAAAGAUUAGGUAAUGUUAAGGGUGACAUGGAAUUUUGAGGCAGAAACAAGAGAAAAAAUAAUGAAAUAUAUAUGCCUUCAAGUCUGACAUGCUUUCUUCCUUUAAUUUUUGUUUUAAAUACCUAGUAGAAAGAAAAUGUCCCAAAAUAAAUUUUUUCGUCUUCUUGUUUUUGGGAAAUGGAAAAAGUAUAUAUUUUCAUUUUACCUGCCUACCCUAUUUAGAACAGGCUCAAAAAAGAAUUUAAGGUCUUUUCAUGGAUGUUAGUCGGAAGGAGGAAAACAUUUGCCAGGAAUGUUAGUUUACAUGUGCCCUUCUAACACGUAGGAGACUGUGGCAGAGGAAUCCUGGAUUUGCUAUGCAUUGUAUAACAAGACCCCGGCUCAGGAGACAAACAAAACCUACAAGAAGGAGCAGAGUCUGUGUUCACUGUCUAAAAUGAAGAAGUACAGGGAGACUAGCAGAGCUGAGGCACUUUCUUGUUGAAUCAGGUGUUGGGACAGAAUUAUGGAAACAACUUUUAAGAGCAUUGAGAACUUGUAAGCUAAUGCGCGCAUAAAAAUGACAGCAUUCUGGUGUGCAGCGUUCUGGUGUGUAGUGUUCUGGUGUGUAGCAUUCUGGUGUGUGGGCUCCAUUUCUUCUCUGAGUUCUUUGCAUUACUGCUGCUCCUCCCCCACACCCCAUACUCCCCCCCCUUUUUUUUAGCAAACUGGUGGAAUUCAGAGACCUGAAGGUCUUUGAUAGAUUGAGGUAAAUUUAGAUUUGACAAGGAGGAGUCUGUGGAUAAUGGCCUUGGGUGCACUUGAUCCUGUUUCUUCUGGAAAAGAUUUUUGGUGCUGGUGGUGAGGUUUGGUGUGUGUGUGUGUGUGUGUGUGUGUGUGUGUGUGUGCAUGUGUGUAUAUGUGUGUGUGUGUUUGUAUCUAUAUGUAUUUAUUUUUGGACAGACUUGUCUUAAACCCCUGAGUGCUGAGAUUAUAAGCGUGUGCUCCCAGGUCUAGUUUUACCUGGAAGAAACUGAAAACCCUCAUCCAAUCAUCCUUAUAAAGGAUAGAAAGUGCUGGUCUCCAUAGGGGCUUGGCUGUAGCCUUUCCUGCAGGCUUUCUUAACAUAUAUUUGUUGAGAACAAACCUGAAUAAACUACAAGUCAGUAUGGAAAUAAAAUACAUGUGUCUAUAUUUUCUAAGUCUCGAUAUUAAAAUAUAAUUUAAAGAAUAUAAUUAUAAUCCUAUGUAUACGCAUGCCCCUGUUCUUGCAAAUGGCACAAUAGUGGAAAGAAAGGGACUGGUCUUACAUACUUUCUAAGUAUGAAUUUUGCUGGGAGUUUGCCAUGUGGUUUGCUUGGUAUAAAUGAUAAAAUACUGAACGUGUAAUAUGUGUGUGUGUGUGUGUGCCUUUGAUUUACUUGUGGUUUGUAAAAAAACUCUUUUGUGUUGUGCCACCCAUUAUUUGGUGAAAUGUUCUUUAAAGUAUUGUGAUAUUUUACAAUUAUAAAUUAUAAAUAUCUUAUCAAUUCAGAAGUAAAUGUAGCCCUGUUCUCUGCCAGAUGUUCACUUGUCAGAAUUCUUUGUGUCUCUUGAUUGCUUCAAAUCCAGGCAUUUUUCCCCUUAGAGUUGAAAGAUUCUUCGGGAGGGAUCAAUUUUGCUUCUUUGUACUGCAUGAUAUGAACCUUCCCAUAUUACAACACUUUUAAAUGUUCACUUUGAAGAGGUAGUAGCAUAUAAUCUAAAAUACAGAAAUUAUUUGAGGUUUGAAAUUAUUUAAAAUUUGAUUACUAAUUGUUCAAGAAUGGAUAUGAAAUUAAUCUCGUGGUAAUGGGAGAGUAAGAAGAUGCUUCCGGGUGGGACCUGGGGAGUUCAAGUUUAGAAUUAACAAGUGUAGCCAAGUGUUGCGUUUUCCUUUACUGCCAGGGUUCUCCACAUGCUUGUGUCUAUAAAACAGUGCCCUGAGAGUUGGGCUGUUACAUUACAUUGAAUUUCUUGGCUUUCAUUCUGAGAAUGGCUUAAGCAGGAAUAACAAGUUGUGUUUUGCAAGGUAAAUAAAGCAAAAUGGUGACUUGCCUGCUGCAUUUGAGGGCUGGGAAAAGACCAGCUGGUUCUGUGGCAGCUCCCAUUGGCCGCUGAAUGGUUGGAAUGAUCCAUGGGGUCCCGAAUUCUGGGCUGUGAGAACUUAGAUGUGUCCCACCACCAAGAAUGACUGAGCUGACAUUGGAUUCUAGUGCGGAAGGCAGCACAGCGAUGUGACCUAAAUUAACUGAAUUUCUGCUGCAGUUCUCUUGUGCGUAUUUGUUUUUGCAAUUUCCAAAGUUCUGCUUGGUGCAGUCCCUUGUAGCGAGUCUGGCUAUUCUUGUAAAUGUCUGUGCUAGGGUAACUGUCUCAGUGGUGAAAACAGCCUAAUAAAAUGCACAUAUUAAACUCCUCCGAAACUCCACUUCUGCUUAUUUGAC